CUGAGUAUUACAUAAAACUGCCGCCUUAAUUUCUGAUAAUCAAAACAAAAACCAUUUCGUUUAUUUUGAAUCCGUGUUGAUUUGAACACGUUUACUAACAUGUCUUCAGAAUCUUUACUUCAUCGUUGUGAAGUGACAAAGCUCGAGAAUAAAGUUAAAAAAUUUCGCAUUCUGGAGCUAAAAGAUCUGUUAGAUUUCGCCAACAUGGAUAGUUCUGGUUCUAAAAAAGAAUUACUUAAGAAAGCUUUAUUACUUGUGAAUAAUUACGACUACUGUGAAGUAAAAAAUUUUGAAGAACUUAGCAGAAAAAUUGACGAAUUACUAAAACAAAAUACGAUACCGUUGCGCAAUCUUGGUAAUAAAUCAGUGGAUCUAGGAAAAUAUUUGUUUUUUACUAGCAUCGAAUCACUUAUUGCUCCUCAUUCCUUUAAUGUUGAAAAGGGCCCUCUUUGCAUGGAGCUUUCCAUACCACAAUCUUCAAUUAAAAAAAUUAAAAAAAGUCAACGAAUGGAUGGUUCGUAUGAGUUGGAAGUUCAGAUCAAAUUCUGGGAAACUUUAGAUGUUGAUGUUUGGGAUGAUGCCUACAUUUGGAUCUUAAUCAACAAUAAACCUAUUUACGUUCCACAACCAUGCCCUCAUAUAUUUUACAUUACAAAAUACUGUAAUUUUGAUGCGAAUACUAUAAAUACAGUUGUAAUUCAUUCAUCAAAACCUGGAAAUAUGUUGGGAUAUUAUUUUGAUGUAUCAAUUGUCAGAAGACUUACGCCUCUAGACUUUGUGAGUAUAUUCCCUACUAAAAUUGGAGGUGAUAAGAGUGUGCGUGAUUUAGUUUCAAAUUGCAUUCACAACAAGUCCAUUAAGCACAGUUAUAAGUUACUUUUAAUUUGUCAUAAAACAAAAAAGACGAUUUCUUUUCCUUGCCGAAGCAACAGUUGUACACAUCCAGAUGUUUUCGAUCUUUUCCCAUUUUUGGAAGAAAUGCAGUAUUUUUUGAAGUGGAAAUGCCCAGUCUGUUCUAAGCCAAUCAGCUAUGAUUCAAUAUAUAUAGACCAGACUCUUAAGAACUAUGCAGAUUCAGGAAAACUUCUACUUACAUUUUUCAAGCAAAGAGACAAACGUUUUUAUGAUCAAGAGUCGGAAGAGGUUGUCAUUACUGAGGAAACUAUAAUAAUUGACUGAUGUAGAUUGAAAUGAAUACGCAUGCCAGCUUUUGCUAUUAUUUUACAGAACAAUUUUCCUUCUUAAUCCCUGAUUCGAAGCAAAUUUUAAGCUGUAAAUGUUUUUAUAAGAAGAGAACAUUUCAAAACAUAUUUUUAAUAAAGUCUUUGCUUGCAUUUUA